AUGUCUAAGCCUCUGCGUGUUCCUUACAAAAUCGCUGGGAAGACAAGUAUCCCUACAGAUAUUCAUAUCCCAUCAUCCCGUGCUGCGCAGAAGUAUGAUCUCUUGCCCGUCUUGAUUAUGUUCCACGGCGGCGGAUUUAUGCUGGGCCACUCAGGAAUGAACAAUGCAGAUCAGAUUGAGGACUGCCUUGAACGAGGUUGGAUUGUGCUCUCAGUCGAGUAUCGUCUCUGCCCGGGGGUCAACGUUCUCGAAGGCCCAAUACGUGAUGCUCGCGAUGCUCUUCUAUGGGUACAGGAGGGUGGACUGGAAGCUGCAUUGAAAGAGUCUUCCGAAACCGUCUGCCCGGAUACAAAGCGGAUCAUGGCCAUGGGGGCUUCAGCUGGGGGAACUCUAGCACUGUCUCUGGCCUGGAAUGUUCCGGCUCCUCCUAUUGCGAUCCUUGACUUCUACGGCCCAAAGGACUUUUCCAAUGAAAGCUGGCUACAGCCAAUCGAUGGCAUGCUGCCUCGACCGAUCGUAUCUCUCCAAUCAUCUGAUAUCGCCAGGCUGUACGAAGCCAAAGAUAUCUUUGCCGGCGGCCUAUCUCUCGAGGGUCAGACGGCUAGCCCCCUGCCUGAUGCCACGUUGGAUAUCGAGCUUGAUAGCAAGCGCAAACUCUUCGCACUGCAGGCUAUUGCUCAAGGAAGGAUUCUCAGCGUGAUUUGGCCGCCGUUUCCUAGCGACUUGCAUUUGAUUGACCCUUUGUUGAACGUAGAUAGAGAUUGGCCUCCAGUUGCUAUCGUCCACGGCAAUAUUGACGCUUUGGUGCCCAUCAGUUUAAGCCAGCGGUUUGCUGAUAAGUUAAAGCAGCAUGGAGUGGAAACAGAAUUUAUCGAAGUUGCGAACGAGCCACAUACCUUCCUUGGAACUUUGAUCAAAGGAUCGAAAACAUGGUAUACUCAGCAAAAGGGCUUUGACUUUCUAGAGCGUGUAUUGAUGCAGAGCUUUAAGAAAAAACCGCACAGCAAUAUGUAG